AUGGAGUUAAAGAGAUCCAUCUCGGCCAGCUCGGAAGCCGAGAAACCUCCCCGACGCUACGGGGCGGUGGAGGAGACGGAGUGGAGAGCCGAGGCGCUGGGGAAAGAUCAGCUUGACAUCAUUUCAAUGGCUGAAACCACCAUGAUGCCCGAGGAGAUCGAAGUGGAGAUGGCAAAGAUCCAGCAGCUUCGGGAAGUCUUAGUCAGAAGAGAAUCAGAACUCAGGUUUAUGAUGGAUGAUAUCCAGUUGUGCAAGGACAUCAUGAACCUAAAGAAAGAGCUGCAGAAUUUAGUAGCAAUCCCAGAAAAGGUCAAGGCGAAGUCGCAGAAGCAAAGGGAAGAUGAAUUGAUUCAGAAGAUCCACAAACUGGUACAAAAAAGAGACUUUCUUGUUGAUGACGCUGAAGUGGAGAGAUUAAGGGAGAAGGAGGAAGACAAGGAGAUGGCCGAGUUCCUCCGGAUCAAGUUGAAACCCUUAGACAAAGUUGGAAGAUCUCCAGCCAGUACGCCCACAGAAAAGAAGGCAGAGCCUCCCCCUCUUCCCCCAAACAAGCCCACCAUCGCCAAAACGGGAAUAGCUCUAAUUAAGGAUUGCUGUGGGACCACCCAGUGCACCAUCAUGUAGCGCCAUCCUCUCGGGCACCACCUCCUUUUCAACACCCCGACCCAAUGGAAGAACUGUGGACGGAAGACGGACAUGAAACAUCCACACAUCUUGAUAGUUGAGUUUCCUGUACUGGUUAUUUUUUUUUUUUACAGUAACUGUUUUGUGCUGAAUGUACCUGUCGGUGAAUUCUUCACUGUUGCAUGGAUGACUCAGCAAGCAUGCUUAGGUUUAAGGCAAGGAGUAUAUCUAUGUAUAACUAUAUCCAGAGGACAGGGAAGACUUGUGUAAAAAAAGAAAGGAAAAGACACAUGUACUAGGGAGAUGUUUCAUGGGUAACAGGCAGGUGCCACUUUAUAUAUGGAAGAGGCAAUGGCGGUUGGUGGGUGCAUGUCAGCGGAAUCUACUCUAGGUUAUAGUACAAACUUUCAAAGAGCUGUCUAAGGUGCCGAACUUAAAAAAAAGUUUCAGCACUUUGGACAUCUCCUUGGAGGAUUGGACUAAAGCCUGGAGUGGAUUCCAUGGCCCCACUGAGAUGGAGCUGCCACUGGGGCGGAGGACUCCGCCACCUUAUGCCCAGCUGCGAAUGAGGAAAACAAAAAUCGUACCAAGUAAUAUGUAGAAUAGCAAUUUCAGUUGUUCUGUGAGUAGAAUAGGAUGCAUUCCACGCACUUUUCCUGUUGGCAGGUAACAUUGUCUCCAUGGGAAGAAAAACAGGAACCCAUAGCGCGGCAGCUACUUUUAGUAAUUACAGAUGUAUGAAUAAAUAUUGUAAAUAGACAAUUGCAGGUGAGCAUCUACCUGAAACUGCCUUCCAGUGAUCUGUCAGACUGCAGUGAUUCGUACGCAGCACAAUUCUAUACAGGUCUACUCAGUAAGUGUGCAGAGGAUUGCAGCAUCAGGGACUUGCUGUGACCCACAGAGUGUUCCUCAGCGGGGAUAAAAUACAUUGAAUAUUUUGUUGUUGUUUUUAAAAAAGUUGUUGCUUAAGGCUGUAAGUCUAUGCUACGUACAGAGAGUAAGCUCCAUUUAACUUCCAUUUAACCAGAGAAGUCUGGGAUUUCACUGUUAGGGACAUGAGGUCCCUCCAAACUGGUGGUGGUAGUUUUCUUCAGGCAUCUUCUGCAACAUGCCAUUGAUACAACAAUAGUGCAUUUGUGGUUCAUUUAAACUGGACACAACAUUUGGCUUUAUUAGUUCGGCAAUACUUCCCCAGUGACAUUGCAUUCUUGCCAUCAGGAGAGGCCCUCUCGUGCCACAGUGCAACAAAAGCAGGACAAAAAAACAAACACCAGAACAUUUGCAGUAUACGAAGUUACACGAUUUCAGUAGGAAGUUAUGGGACGUGCAGGGAUUGAAAAAGAAGCAAUAUGUGUGCCCCCAACACUUUUGCAGGUCCAAACAGUAUUCAAAACAGAAUAGAGUAAUAACUGCCCCGAUACCAUCAUGAGUGCAGUCAGCGUGGACUAGAGGCAGGGAACUUUUUCAGCCUGAGGGCCGCAUGCCAGUGGCUGGUGGGGGACAGAGGCAAAUGAAUUUGCACUGUACCUCUGUACAGUAGGCUAGUAUCUCACACCCUCCUCUCCAUCCUGGCCGGCAGGAGUCAUCAUCGGAGGUCAAGGAUGAGUUCCAGGCAGACAAAAUCACCAAUGGCGGCUGGUGCCCAUUGGGGCUGGUAGGGCGGAAGGCAGAGAGACCAAAAACAGGUGGAGCCAGAGCCAACGACUAGUUUUAGUUCUAACCCUGAUCUGCUCCCUGCUGAGUUCUACAAAGGGUAACACUGGGACUGAGGAGGAGGAAGAAGCCGACAGGCAGGGACACCCCCUGCACUGGCUGUAAGUUAAGAAGGCAGGCGGGUUGGGGUUGGCUGGGGUUAGACUGAGUUUGGUGGGGCAGCUUCCCAUGCGCCCUAACUGACAAGCCUCCACUAAAAAACACUCAAGGAGGAGGUGAGGCAAAGCCAGUGACAAGUGUGGCUGGGGGGUGGGAGGAGCCUGAGGGGUAAAUCCAAAAGGUGUGAGAGAGGCCUGGAGGGCUGCAUUUCUCUUUCCCUCCCUCCCUGGCCUGAGUUUCCCCACCCCUGACAUAAUCAGUCCUGGAUGAACUGGACAAACGAUCUUACAAAUAAUGGAGCUUCCUAUGAGGCUGCAGGAUAGCCAUUUGUUCUAGCGCUGGGAAAGCUGUUGAUUUGAUAUAUAAAUCGCAGCAUGGCAAGCGUUAGCUUUCAAGGAUCAUGGAAGAAUGAAAAUGAGAAUGCCAGGAUACAAAGCCAAAAUGAAUCACCAGGCAUCGUGGACUCAGAAGCAACGGCACCAAGCGUCAGCAGUCCACAAAAUGUUGCGCAGGGAGCACUUUCGUCAGCACCUUCUGUGCGUCAUUCGACACACAGGAUUAAAUGGUGGGGAAAAUAUAUCUAUCGUCUUUGUGGCAGGGUCGAAGUCACACAGACACUCCCCAAAGGCUGGUUCCCAUAUUACAUGGGUCCUGGGCACAGAUGUUUCCACCAAGGGUGUAUAUGUCAGAUCACAUAGGUGUUUCCCACACUAGUGUCAGCCUGUUGGGGUUUUGGAGAGCCCCCUAGGUGCCCCAUGCAAUGCAAAUAUCCGUAUGGUCACAAUUGGCACAAAGGCCAUCUGCUGCAGAAUGGAAACUGCAAUGGUUCUCAUGACUCCACAUGGUAAACGCUUGUGGUCUUUCCUCUUCCAGAGGGAGCAUGGGGCAGGCAGGGCAACCGGAGGGCCUCUUUGGGGAAGAGCUGUAGCUCAGUGGUAGAGCACCUGUUUGCACUCAGAAGGUCACAGGUUCAAUCCCUGGCAUCUCCAGGUAGGGCUGGGAGGGAUCCUACUCCUAAAUCUCACGACAGCCACUACCAGUCCGUGUAUGCAAUACCAAACCAGAUGGAUUAAUGGUCUUUGUAUAAGGCAGCUUCCUACAUUCUCAUGGGGCAGAAACCUUUUAAAGUCCUCAGCAAGCUUGCUGUUGGCUGCAGUAGUGUAGUGGCAAAUCCAGAAGUGCACGGUCCCUUCAUGACAGCCACAGCCACCCCCCCCUUUUUUUGCUGUGGGUUGAGAAUUAGAUCCUUGUUAAUGCCUUCUUUCACAACAGCAGCUGCCCCUAGGAACCAAUAAGCACGAAAGGGAAGAGUGUUAGCUACUGAAGAGAGUCUUCUCAGCAGCUGACUCACCUCGUUUCACCUUGAUUGGCUCCAAUCAGCAGGAAAGGACAAGGAAUCCAGAAGUGCAUGGUUCCUUCAUGACAGUCACAGCCACCCCCCCUUUUUUGCUGUGGGUUGAGAAUUAGAUCCUUGUUAAUGCCUUCUUUCACAACAGCAGCUGCCCCUAGGAACCAAUAAGCACGAAAGGGAAGAGUGUUAGCUACUGAAGAGAGUCUUCUCAGCAGCUGACUCACCUCGUUUCACCUUGAUUGGCUCCAAUCAGCAGGAAAGGACAAGGAAGCAGGCUAGAAGGCUCUUCUUAGUGGCUAACACACUCCCCUUUCAUGCCAAUUUGACUCAUACGAUGCUGGAGACAUAGGAACCCUGCUGGGACUCUGCUCCCAAACAAGGAAGGGGUUUAAGACUGCAGACUACACCGCUGGUUGGCUGUUGUGCUCAGGCUGUGCUUUCAGGCUUCCCAUGGGCUUCUGGUUGCCUAGUGCAGUGUAGUGCUGGUCUUGAAGGGCUACCGGCCUGACCCAAGCAGCGCCUUUCUUAUGUUGUUAUUGUGACUGGUGCAGCAAACACAGGCAGGCAUCAUAAAGGACACGUAUUCACUGUGGCAUCCUUAGCAUAGUAGCAAAUGGUGAAUUCCCACCGCUCCAUCACAGUAGAAAGAAGCAGAGACUGUGCAUAAAUUUAUGUAACACUGUCUAGAGAGCCAGCGUGGUGUAGUGGUUAAGGUGUUGGACUACAGCCUGGGAGACCAGGGUUCAAAUCCCCACAGCCAUGAAGCUGACUGGGUGAUCUUGGGCCAGUCACUGCCUCUCAGACUCAGAGGAAGGCAAUGGGUAAAUCACCUCUGAAUACCGCUUACCAUGAAACCCUAUUCAUAGGGUCACCAUGAGUUGGGAUCGACUUGAAGGCAGUCCGCUUCCAUUUCAGAAUCCAUUGACAGGAGAUAGCCUUUGCACAAAGGGCAGCUGCAAUUCAUAGUUUAACAAAUGAAGAGAAAUAGGCUACUACUUCUCUCCAGUUUUCCAAUCUGGACUCUUAGGGCCAAAGGCUGCUUUGCGUGGUUAACUCCUCCCCGAUUUGGAGACAAACCUUCCUGCAAGACCGCAUGUAAAAUGGCUGGUGCAGUGUGAAUGUUUAUCAUAGAAUAGCAGAGUUGGAAGGGGGCCUAGAAGGCCAUAGAGUCAAUGCAGGAAUCCAACUUAAAGAAUACCCGACAGGUGGCUGUCCAGCUGCCUCUUGUAUGCCUCCAGUGCUGGAGAGCCCACCGCCUUCCUUGGGGGAAAUAUGUGUAUAGCUUCUCUGUUUAGAGAAAAAGCGUUGCAUACAAAACAGCCCUUACACCAGGGCAGGCAUCAGCACCUGGUGUCCUCGGGCAGUUGGCACAGGCCACUGACAAUGCUCACUGUGCUCCCCCCCCCCCAAUGAUAUAAAUAGUGGCAUCAAGCGAUCCGGAUAGUUGCUCAAGUGCUCUUGAUGUAGCAUUGCCCCCAGCUCAUUGUGGGAGAUGUCAAAAGGCAGCUCCAAACACACACAGCUUGUUGCAAUGCUGCAGAUGCCACCGACCGCCAGGGCAUAACUAACCAUGGCAUUUGCUACCACGAGAUGCAGUGAUGUCUGCCAGCUUUAAGAAUUCAUGGGGGAUAAGGCUGUCAGUGGCUAUGUAUUAAUUCCAGUACCAGAGGUGAUAUCCUAGUUGCUGGGGGGGGGUAUGAACAGGAGAGGGCUAUUGGCCAAUGUCCUGUUUGUGGGCUUGCCAAGAGGCAUCUGGCUGGCUAUGCUGUUAUAGCAGAUAGCAGGACAAAGUCCCUCUCAAAUCUGGAGCCAGCUCUGCCUUAUACUUCCACCCUUAAAAACAAAAAGCUUAAAACUUCUAAAGGCUUCAUCAGCACGAUACAUUUAAAGCACUAUCAUAACACUUUAAACAGUCAUGGCUUCCCCUAAAGAAUCCUGGGAACUGUAGUUUGUUAAGGGUCCUGACAAUGGUUAGGAGACCCUUAUUUCCAUCACAGAGCUACAACUCCAAGUGUUCCCUGGGAAGAGGGAUUGGUUACAAGCCAUGCAUCUGAGCCAUGGAAGAGUCCCUCAAAGAUCUCAGGCUGGGAUAUAAGAGAUCAGGUGGUCCUUGAGAUACCCUAGACCCAAGUUAAACCUUGAACCUGCCCUGGUAACAUAUGGGAAGCCAGUGCAAGCGUUAAGCACCAGAGUUACGUGCUGGAGGUAACGUGUGCCCAUCAACAGUAUAGCCACAGCAUGUGGAGCAUCCAGUUGGAACUUCUUGGCCAGGAAGGGCCACAUGGGCCAAAAACGCUUUGAGGCUGGGGUGUCAUAGGAACAUAGGGCUUCACCCAACUGAGUUAUACUCAGAGUAGACCCACUGAGAUUAGUGAACACAAGUCAGUCGUGUCCAGUAACUUCAACGGGUCUGCUCUCGGUGGGACUAGCAUUGGAUGCUUUAUACUGUGUAAGGGCUUUGGGUUUACCUAGCUCAAUACUGUCUACACUGACUGGCAGCGGUUCUGUAGCAUUUCAGGUAGGGGCGUCUCCAAGCCCUACCAAGGAGACGCUGGGGACUGAUCCUGUGACCUUCGCACGCAAAGCAGAAGUUCUGCCACUGAGCUACGGCCUUUCUCCAGACUGUUGCUAGCAAGUACUGGCGUUUCAGUCUGUAGCCCAGAUGUCAUUCUCUUUGUACCUUCAGUAGUCGAGAAAGUGCAGGCACAUCUGUGUUAGAAGGAUAC